AUGAUGGUGCUUGACGUCCACGCCAAGAAGCGCACCAGAGCCCACGGCUUCCUCACCUCCAUCUUUUUCAUCCUCGACCAGAGCCGCGUUUCAGUCGAUCUCAUCUCGUCGUCCAAAGUGCGCAUAUCCAUAGCGAUCCAAUCAGAGAACGGCCUGCUCGCCUUCUCCCGGGGCGAAGAGCUGCGGAUCCGGUCCCAGGUGCUGCAGCGCGCCCUCCACGGCCUCACGGCCUGGGGCGGCGUGGACCUCAUACCCAACUAG